AUGGAUCCGUAUAUUUAUGCUCUUAUGAACGAUGGGAUCGAUUCCUUGUUGGAGGAAAUACCUGACUGGACGACUAGUCAAGGUGAAGAAUUAAUGGACUCGGAGGAUGACAGCGAUUUGCUAAUCGCGGCGCGCCGAGCAGACCAGCAAGGAGGGAAUCCCUUGUUUUCUGUGAACAUGGAGCGAGUGAGAGCUCCGCGUUCUUUUCACCGUGGUGUGGCAAUUCAAAUGCAAGUCCGAUUUUCUCUGCAGCAGUUACGUCAGCCGAAUGGGGAAUAUCAAAAAGAAGCGGUGGCGGAGGCCUUCCACCAAGGUUUGAUUAAUUUCAUCCGCGAUCCUCGCAAUGGUAUUGUCAAUCCUCAGGAUUAUUCCAUGUCCAUGGCUAUUCACCACAGUACAGGGACACAUACGUGGACCAGCUGUCCGAGGGUUCCGCUUAGUGAGUGGAUUCAGGGAUCCCCACUUACUCGACAAUGGCUAGAAAGACUGGCUAAACAGCUCAACUCGGCGGAAAGUUUUGAUGCCGCGAGUGGUGAUUUUUACGCUGAACUGUCUUUUUUUAAGACUCAGCAACGUGGUGGAAGACCUGCGAAAAACAAGCCUGGCAACCAGUCCUUUGAGCAGUUACUCAAAAAGAAAUCCGUGAUUACCAUUAAGAACAAAGAUGACCUGUGUUUUUCCCGAGCCUUGGUUUCCGCCAAAGCCUUUGUGGACCAAGACCCUCAGUAUCAAACGAUUUUUAAAGGACAAGGACUGCAGGGUCAUCUUGCGUACAAACUGCAUCAAGAAACCGGGGUUCCUGAGGGAAUGUGCGGGUUGCCAGAAAUACAGCGAAUGCAAGACCAUCUUGGUCCUCAAGGGUACCAGAUUAAAAUAUAUGAAGGAGUCUGUGGUGCGCUAUGGUAUUGUGACCCGUCGUUUGAUUCUGCGCCUAAAAAACUGUGUCUGCUGAAAGUGCAACAGCAUUUUCACGGUUUACGAAGUGUGCCAGCCCUCGUAAACAAGACCUAUUACUGUCACCGAUGUAACAAAGGUUACAAUCAGGAGAAUGCAGAGCACCAUAAUUGUUCUCGUCAAAAGUGUGACAUGUGUCGAAGAAAAAACGGUAAAUGCACUGAUUAUCAAGAAAGAAAGCCUGCCCAUGUCUACUGCAAUGAUUGCGGUCGGUCCUUUUACGGUCAAAACUGUUUUACCGCUCACAAGAAAAGCGUAUGUCGUUUGUUCAAAAAGUGCCCGGAGUGUUGUAAAGUGUACAAGUAUUCCAAGAAAAAGAAGCAUGUGUGCGGAGAAUAUCGUUGCCCCAACUGCCGAAACAAAGUAUUGCCAAACCAUCAGUGUUACAUUCAACCCCUUGAAAUAGAUUACAGCAAGCUUCUUGACCAAGCAGACGAAUUUAGCGAGGAAGACCGUGCGAUUCUCGAAGAUCUGCCCGAAGUUGAAACAAUGGAAAAAAGUAAAGAAGAAGAGGACGAGAAACCGCCACCGCUGGUGUGCUACAUUGACUUUGAAUGUGGGUUGGAUGAAAAUCGUGAUUUUGAGGAUGUUCGUGUGGGGUGGCAAUAUGUCAAUGUGAAAGGUAGCUACCGCGAAGCAGGAAAGGCAUCGGAUAUGUUGGAGGAUGUGAUGGCAAAAACGGUGACCGCAGAAAUGAAACAACGGCAGGUGUUUGUGUUCGCUCACAAUAUGCGAGGGUUUGAUUCGUCGUUUAUUUUGCAAUUGUUGUAUGAUAAGGGCUACAAAGUGGAAAAGGUCUUGAGUAUGGGGGCGAAAUUUUUAUCGUUUCAGUGUGGUAAUGUCAUUUUUCGGGAUUCCCUUAAUUUUUUUAACAUGCUUUUGGAACGGUUGCCGGCGACGUUUAAUUUGAAGGAAGCGCAUAAGGGUUUCUUUCCUUAUUCGUACAUUUCUGAAGACAAGAUCAGUUACAUUGGUGUGUACCCGAAAGCGGAAGAAUACCAUCCUGAACGUAUGAGCGAAAAACGAAGAAAGGAAUUCAUGACUUGGCACAAAGAAAAAGUGGACAGUGGUGCCAUCUUUGAUUGUCAAAAAGAACUAUCCGCUUACCUGAAAAGUGAUGUCAAAGUGUUAACGGAAUCCAUGGAAAAAUUUGCUAGCGAAAUGUUAGAGUUGACAGGCAUAGACCCUACUGUGGAAUGUGUGACCAUUGCGAGUACUGCGUUUAAAGUAUUCCAGAAAAAGUUUUUGGAACCCUACACGAUUGCCUUGGAACCCCUCGGGGGGUGGCGCCACAAUCAACAAAACCAGAGUGUGGAGGCCCUGCAGUGGCUGGAAUUUGAGAAUGCCAAGAUUGGUGGCGGAAUUCAGGUAUGAAUUUUAAGUUGCAGUGAAAGUCUGCACAUUUUAAAUUGAACUUGCAGUGUUUUUCAACAUAUUUCGGUUGGCGAAAUGUUUUAUACUGUGCAUUUGUUGUUGCACGCUACAAAACAAAAAUUAGAAGGAAAUGUAUGGGAAAUAUGUGUAAAAAGUCUGCUUUUUUCAAACUUACAUUGCAGUGUUUUUCAACAUAUUUCAGUUGGCGAAUAUGUUUUAUACUGUGCAAUGGCAAAUGCACGACCGAAAUCAAAAAUUAUAAUCUGCGGACCGUCAAGUAAACAGUAACAAAUGUAUAUAUUUUUUUUAUUUUGCAGCAUGUACGAAAUUCAUUGAAUGGGGAAGCAAAAGUGAUCACCCCAGCCCAAUCUUACAACGUGGAUGGCUAUCACGCAGCCAGCAAUACUGUGUACGAGUACCAGGGUUGCAUUUUUCACGGUUGCCGUAAAUGUUAUCCAAAGCAAAGAAACAUAAAGCGCUUCUGCCAUCCCGAUCGAACCGUGAGUGAAGUGUAUGAGGCAACCCUGAAGAAAACGGCCAUCCUCCGUGACGCAGGGUACACCGUGAUUGAAAUGUGGGGAUGCGACUUCGCCAGACAGAAAGAAACCGAUCCCGAGCUCGCCAAAUUCCUGGAAAGCUUUGAAUUCGUUCCACCGCUUGAGCCUCGAGACGCGUUUUUUGGGGGUCGAACUGGCGCUGCGACCCUGUACGCCAAAACGGCAGAAGACGAAGAGAUUUGCUAUGUUGAUUUUACAAGCUUGUAUCCGAGUAUUAACAAGUACGGUGUCUACCCUGUGGGAUUCCCGCGGAUUUUCUAUCAACCAGAACAUUGGCGAUUACUUUGGUCUCGCGCAAGUGGAUAUCCUGGCUCCUGA